AUGUUAUCGUUCCCAUCGGACUCUCUGAAGAGUAUGUUCAACCUCACGUUCCUGUCUCUAGAUGACAAUCUAAUCACUUCAGUCUCCAAGCGGAACCUUGCGGUCUUCAAAGAUAGUCCUCUCAUACAUCUGAACCUGAGUAACAAUUUCAUCACAUAUCUUGCUCCAAGGGCUCUUACUCAACUCAAGCAGCUUAAGAUCUUAGAGCUCCAUCGGAACUCCUUGUCCUUUAUCAAGCCAAAGAUGUUUGAUGAUAUGGCGUACCUACUCCAUAUUGAUUUGAACAACAAUCAGCUCGCAUCUCUGGGAAGUAACUCAUUCACCAACUUGCCGUCCCUGAGAACACUACGUCUUCAUUCUCAAAAGUCUGGCUUUGAGAUGACCACCAUCGCCCACGAUGCAUUUCAAGGGAUCAACGGCAACCUGGAAAGACUGUUCAUCAGUGACAACCGCCUGGCCCACUUUCCGCAUGCUGCCCUCUCUAGGGAGGUGUAUGAAAGUCUCCUGUAUCUGUGA